UGAAAUCAUGGAGAACAUGAGAAAUAGCGGAGGUAACGUGAAGUACCGUCCUGCCGUCAUGAAACCUGGCGAACUGGGGAACUGGGAACCAGAGCCGGAGAAAAUAUCAGAUGCACCCGGAGAGGGAUCUGUACCAUUUAAACUCGGUCCAGAGUAUAAAGAGGAGAUUGACAAGAGUAUCAAGGAGUUCGGCUUCAACAUUGUGGCCAGCGACAAAAUCUCACUGGACAGAACCAUCAAAGACAUAAGAGAUCCAGAGUGUAAGUACUGGCACUACGACACCAGUCUGCCCAACAUCAGUGUCAUCAUCGUGUUCUAUAACGAGGCGUGGUCAGUGGUGAUGAGAACUGUGCACAGCGUCAUCAAGAGAACCCCACCUGAACUGCUGGCUGAGAUUGUACUAGUGGACGACUUCAGCACAAAAGAACACUGGAAGCAGCGCCUGGAUGACUAUCUAGUCCAGUUCAAAGGCCUGGUGAAGCUGGUCAGGAACAAGCAGAGGGAGGGACUGAUCCAGGCACGAAGCAUCGGAGCACGGUCGGCCACAAGAGGCAAGAUUCUAGUCUACCUGGACUCCCACUGUGAAGUGGGCAUCAACUGGGCACCAGCACUGAUCUCUCCUAUAGCCGUUAACAGAACCACCUGCACCGUGCCUUUGAUUGACGUGAUUGAUGGCAACAACUACAACAUCUACGGCCAGGGGGGAGGGGACGAGUACGGACACGCCCGCGGUGCCUGGGACUGGAGCCUGCUGUGGAAGAGGGUCCCCAACACACCCAGGGAGAGGGCCAGGCAUAAAUAUCACUCUGAGCCUUACAGGUCGCCUGCCAUGGCUGGUGGUCUGUUUGCCAUAGACAGAGAGUACUUCUUCGAGCUGGGUCUGUACGACCCCGGGCUCAAGAUCUGGGGAGGGGAGAACUUUGAGAUCUCGUACAAGGUGUGGCAGUGCGGCGGCGAGGUGUUGUUUACCCCGUGCAGCCGGGUCGGACACAUUUACCGGCUAAAGGGGUGGGCAGGAAACCCCCCUCCCCAGCACUCAGGGUCCUCUGUGGUUCUACAGAAUUACAUGCGUGUAGUGGAGGUAUGGUGGGAUGAGUAUAAGGAGUACUUCUAUGCAAGCCGUCCAGAAAUCCGCAACCAUCCGUUUGGUGACAUCUCAGAACUAGUGGCCUUCAGAGAGAGAAACCACUGCAAAAGCUUCAAGUGGUUCAUGGAAGAAAUCGCCUAUGACAUCGUCGAUCACUUCCCACUGCCUCCGAAGAACAAGAUCUGGGGAGAGAUCCGAGGGAUAGACUCCGGUCUGUGUCUGGACAGUAUGGGACACAAGGAUGGUGGUGAGAUGGGGAUCGGGGGCUGUCAUGGGAUGGGCGGGAACCAGAUGUUCCGUCUGAACGAGGCUAACGAGAUGGCGCAGUAUGACCAGUGUAUCCACGUGGUCGGCACGCAGGUCAAACUGGACCACUGCGACACGGGUCAUACCAAGUACAGGGGGUGGGAGUUUGACGAGGAGAAUAAAAUGCUGCGUCACAAAAUCGGGAAGUGCCUUGACCGUUCGGAGAUUCUACACCAAGUCUUCAUGUCAGACUGCGACGAGGCGUCAAAAACGCAGAAAUGGGAGUUCAACCAAGUCAUGGCCAUGUAAGCCUGACCACCCCCACUUCACAAUGGCAUGUUCCAACUUCCUGUGAUCUUUCCACCACUUGUUGCCUACAAUUUGGGUUGCUGGAUGUAGAAUUAGGGGUGUUUAGAUUCAACUUUAUUUUCUGAGCGAAUGUUGUAUAGACCAAAUUCUCCUUUGUAAAAGGGCUGCUUUUAGCUGUAUAUUUUAGCAAAGACAAAUUUUACAUUAAGUCCAAAGAAUUUUGUAGGGAGAACUUGGAAACAGAUUUCUUUGCCCAGAUGUUUGUAAAUUAUAAUUAUGAUAACCCAAGGUUUAUACAUGUACUUAUCUCCCAGUAAUGAUUGAUACUUCUAUUAGAAUUUCAAAAUUAAUGGAUUGUGGUAUUCCACAAAAAGGUUGCUGGUCUGGCAUAUCAAAAUAAUCAGAAAUUCUGAAAUGCCUUUUUUGUGGAAAGGUUAACAUUUCAGGAGUGGGGACAAAUGGCAAGUAUUAUAUUUUAUAGGGACCAAUACCAUUAAUAUCUAAUUCUUGUUAGAAUUAAGUAGAACGUUCAAUUUGGUAAUUUUCACCUAAAUGCCUUUUUGGGACCAUUGCGUAGUUUUGCAGGGGGGUUAUCAUAAAGUAAUAAAUUGCUACAGUAGUAUUUAAUAUGGUAUUUUGGGAUACGAGAUGGUGAGAAAUAUUCAUGCAAAUCUGGUAUCUCCAAGUUUAUAAUUUGCAUUUUCAUCCUUUUCUUCUCAAAGACAAAGCUGCUAUACUUGAGUUAUACAUAGUACAGAUCUCAAAUAAGUUUCCAGCUACAUGCAUGCAAAUUAGGAUCAAAAGUCGUGCAUAAUUUAAUAAACAGUUGUGCAUUUCUUGAUUGAAAUGCAAUUGAAUCGAGAUCUGUACUUUAGCAAGUCCUAGACAAGAGGUCUCUACCAUGGACUUUAAGGUCUUCUUGAAAAAAGAGCGCAGAACAAAAAGCCAGUUUUAGGUCUACCUUUUCUGUAGCUUAUUUUGUCAUUUUGACCACUUCUAUGCACCUGUAUUUCGUAUCCAUUUUAACACCUUGAAGUUGUAACAUUUUCAAAUUUAGAGACCCUAAAUUGACUACAUUUUUGUCUCCAAAAUUGCUUAACAUAAAUUUUCAAAGGAAAGUUUGGCCUUGGAUUGCAAAAUCUCCAUUGCUUGUUGUGUUGAACGAAGUAUUAUUAA